AUGUACAUCCGUAUGGACUCAAAGUCAUACCGAUUCAUCAAUGGCAAAUGUGAAUCCUACUUUUUACAACGCUUAAAACCAUCAAAGCUCGAUUGGACUAUUGUCUUCCGAAAGCUACACAAGAAGGGUGUGACUGAAGAAGCUGCCAAGAAGAGAACAAAGCGAACUGUCAAGGCUCAACGUGCCGUCGUCGGUGCUUCCUUGGAUGCCAUCAGAGCUAAACGAAACGAAAAGACUGAAGUCCGUGUUGCUGCUCGACAGGAAGCUGUCCGUGCCAUCAAGGCCAAAAAGCAAGAAACUGAAGCCAAGAAGAAGGCUGAAAAGGCAAAGGCUGCCUCGGCAACUGCUGCUGGUGCGCGAAAGGCUGCACCAAAGAUUGGAAAACAGCAGUCAAAAGGUGCUGCACCAAAGGUCCAAGCUAAAUCACGAUAG